UUUAUAAAGGUGCAAUUGGAAAGAUACAGUUGCAUAGAUUGAGAGCCAUAAACAUUUCUCUAAUUUCACUUGAAUCAUGGCAUUUCAUCAUCCUAAAUUUUUCAAGGUCAUACAAAAUCACAAAGAGGAGAUCAGACUUCCAAAGAAAUUCGUCGAGAAAUAUUGGAAAGGAACUUCAAAUCCGGUAUCCCUUAAACUCCCAAACGGGGUUGAACACGAAAUAUUUUGGGUGGAACGUGACGGUGAUAUUUGGUUUCAAAAGAACUGGGAAAAACUUGCAAAUUUUUUAAAAUAUGGUUAUUUUUUAACUUUUAAAUAUAUAUCUGAAUCAUAUUUUAAGGUUAAAAUAUAUGACACAAGUAAUUUGGAAAUAGAUUAUUCCUAUAUAAAAUUUGUAAGUGAAGUUGGUGAAGGUAUUAAAGAAGCUGAAGACAUUAUUGAAGUGAGUGACAACAUUGAUAAGAAUUUAAAUGAGAGUGAACCAUCCAUGCAACUUCAAAUGACAAAAGUUAAUGGCAAGAGAAAAACUAUGGAUUUUGAUCCAACACAUGAAAAAGUUUCAGGUUCUAACACAGGAAGCAUGAAUAACAUGCUAAAAGAAUGUUCAACAACCGAAACUGCUAUUGAGAAUCCAAGUUUUGAAAUUAAAAUGACACCAUCUUCUAUCCAAAACUAUAGAUUGAGGAUACCAACGGAGUUUUCGAGGGAAUACUUGAACAAGUUCAAGGGGACGGCGACUAUAAGAGUUGGUGAAGACAGAGCUAUGAAAGUUAAGAUGAAGUUUGAUGAUAUCUAUAAUAGAUCUCUUGUGAGUGCUGGUUGGAACAAAAUUAUUAUAAAGUAUAAGUUACAAACUAAUGAUGUUUGUAUAUUUGAGAUGAUUCAACUUCAACCACCUUCCUUUGCUGUAACUAUUAUUCGAGGAGAAGAACAUCCAAGCCCUAAGAAGUUGAAAGGUUACAAAGAAGGAAAAUCUUGUGAUAGUAUUGCAAAGAGAAAAGACCUUGGAGAAACUUCUAGGAGCUGCCCAAAAUUACAUGUUCUAGAGGAUAAUUCAGAAGAUAAUAGUGUGACUGAACAUAAUUCAUUUGAAAUUGUUGUGAAUUCAUCAUACCCGUAUGUACCAAAUGAGUUUAUGAAUAGACAUAUUGGAUGUCAUGGAAAAUUCGUAGAGUUGAAAGUGGAAGAAAAAUGUUGGUUUGUGAAAGUGAAUUAUUAUCCCAAACAAAGUAAACUGUAUGCAGGGUGGAGAAAAUUUAUGAAAGAAUGCAAAUUGGAGACAGGGGAUAUUUGUUUCUUUGAGUUGGUUGAUGAGAACAAAUAUGUGUUUAAGGUUUCAUUUGGAAGGAACAACCUAGGAGAUGUUGGAUCUGUUUGAAUAUUUCUUUGUUAUACUUUGUUAUCUUAAGCACUGUUAUAUUUCAUAUGAACAUCCUUUACAUUUU